GGGUGGGGGGCGCGGCGGGGCGGCAGAGCGAGCAGCCAUGGCGCGGGCGGGGCGGGUGGCGGUGCGGCGGGGUAGCCCCGGCGCCACCAGUAGCACCAGUAGCACCAGUACCACCGCCACCAGCCGCCCCGCGCAGCUCCUGUAGCCGCGGCGGGGGCCCCGCGGAGCUGGCGAGCCGGGGCUCGGCGGCGGCAGGCGGCGGCGGCGGCGGGGGGGCUCAGCAAGCAGUGGCCGCCCCGCCGCCCAAGAGGAUGAAGAAGCGCAAGGAGCUGAACGCCCUGCUGGGGCUGGCCGCCGACGGGCGCCGCAAGAAGGCCGCCAAGAAGGGCUCCGGGCACCGGCUGCUGCGCACCGAGCCCCCCGCCUCCGACUCGGAGUCGAGCUCCCCCGAGGAGGAGGAGGAGGAGCUGGGGGGGGCGCGGGGCCGCUUCGCCAAGGGAGACUAUCUGCGAUGCUGCAAACUCUGUUACCCGUUAUGUGCUUUUGUCAUUCUUGCUGCCUGCGUGGUGGCUUGUGUUGGCUUGGUCUGGAUGCAGGUAGCUCUCAAGGAGGAUCUGGAUGUGAUAAAAGAGAAAUUUCGAACUAUGGAAUCUAAUCAAAAGACAUCAUUCCAAGAAAUUCCUAAACUCAAUGAAGAUUUGGUGCAGAAGCAAAAGCAGCUAGAACAAAUUGAGACUGGAGAGCUGGGGCUAAGUAAAAUUUGGAUAAAUAUCACGGAGAUCAAUAAACAGAUUUCCUUAUUGACCUCAACAGUAAAUCAUCUCAAAACCAACAUAAAGUCUGCUUCUGAUCUGAUUUAUCUUCCCGUCACGGUAGAAAAACUUCAGAAGACUGUAGCGAACAUAGGUAGCACUCUUACCAGCGUUUCUCAUGAUGUUGAAAACAUACAGACAGCUAUUGAAGAGUACAAGAAAUCCAUGGAAAUACUCCAGAAUGAUGUGAUUUUUACUUGUUGCUACACAAAUGUGGAACCUUGGGAAUCUUCCCUGCUGUGUGAUACAGAGUACUGCUUAUGGUGUAACUCUCUGCACUGUGUCUUAAGAAUGAAGGAAUUGAAACAGGUAACUUCAUUUCCUUCCACUGUUCUGCCAAGGACUGAGAGAAAUCAGACAGAAAACUGCAAACAGGAAAGCCAGUCACUCCAUGCAGCUUUGGAGGAGCUAAAUAAUUCUGUAGUGGCAUACCAGAAGUUGAAUGAUAUCAAGCUUCUAAACGUGGAUUCAGCCAUUGGUAACCUCAGCCGGAGGGUUACGCUGUUGGAAAACUCUCCUGUUGCUGUGAAUAAACUGGACAAAAGAGACAACUUGUCUACCAGUGCGGGGAAUGAUACAACUACCUCUCUAAAAGUGGAAAAUGAAGAUCAACUAGAUAAUGAAACACAUUCAAAUAAAGAACUGAAGGAACCAGGAACCAGAGAUUCUCAGGUAUUAAAACUAAGAGAGAAGCUUCAGCUGAUCAGUGCUCUCACAAGCAAGCCAGAAAAUGACCGUCCCAUUGAGGCAUCAAAGAAUGUUGAAAGUAGUUUGAGUACUACGACAAAGCCCACAGACCUUUCAAGGCUGGCUUCAAGGUCAGCUGAUGACAACACAGAGAAGAACGGACAGCUGAGACAUCUGUCCUUGCCAGGAAUUUCCAGCAUAGAAGAUCUUCAGAAUUUGUUUGAAAAAGCACCUGAAGAUGCUGAGGGAAAACUGUCAUUUGAAGAUCUUCAAAAGCUGUUUGGCUCUGUAGCCCAAGAGUCAGAGAUCUUUAAGAAAUUUGACACAGAUGGAGAUGAGAAAUACUCAUUACAAGAACUGAGAUUAGCUUUAGGUAUAUAGGAGAUAUAUAUAUUUAGAAAUGUGAUACUGAUGGAUGCUACUGUAGCUAAAGGAAACUACGGGAUAUGAAAAAAACUGUCUGCACUUUCCCAGUGUUUUACUGAUCUUUGGAGUGAAAUUACUGUACACAUUGCCACCUUUUUUUUUUUUGCUUCUAUUGAAAACAAAUUACAAGUUUAGAUGUCAACAGGACAUGAUAUUGGGACUGUUAGAAUCCAGAAAAUUCCCACACUUGUUUAGAAGCAUUUGUUGGUCAUUCUUUCUGAGGGAGUUCUUGUUUUUAAUUUAAAAUACAUAAAUAAAACUCUGGUUUUAUAUUUCACUGAAAUUUGCCUUAAAUUAGAGAGUUGCACUUUAUGUAAAGCAGAAAGAAAUCUGUCUUGUAAAGAUGGGUUUUCUCUGCUUGUAAAUAUUUGAAAUAGAGUAAAUUAUGCAUAUUUAAGGGGAGGUUUGUGUCAGGGGCUGCGUUGGUAGUAAACUUUAUAAUGAGAGAUUUGACUAAAAGGGGUGACCGAGAGCUUCAACUAAAAUUCUAGUUUUGACUAAUUAUAUCCAUGAAUGAGUUUAGUCUCGGGCAGAGGAAGGAAGGAGUGGUAAACUAUGCCCAUCUAUAGCAGGACUUAUUUUUAGAGGGAAGAGUUGAAUGUGUGUUUAUAUCAUGAGCCUACAGGAGCAAUUGCCUACCAAGUGCUUGGGUUUUCACUUCAGCAUUCUUUUAGCUUCGCUGUAUUGCGUCCAGAUUACACUUUGUGAGAUGAGCCUAUCUUUUUUUUUUUUUUUUAAAAAAAAAAAACCUACUGAAUAAUGGAUACCUAAGAGGUAAAAGUCUGCAAUGCAGCCUGCUGAGUAGCACCUGAAUAGUUCAUACCCCUGCACACCGUGCAGGGUGCAGUCAGAGGUGUGUUGAGUCGCGCUGACUGCUCACCAGAGAUCUUGUGAAUGAGGUUGCCAGUGCUGCUGGCUUCUUCCACCCAUUGUUGGUGGGGUCACUGAUGAAGAGCCCUGAGUAAGGCUCCUUGUCAGUAGGAUCAUGAGCAGGUGGGAGAGGCCUGGAGUAGAACUUGUAGGUUGUUUUCUGUCUAAUGCAUGUGUGAUUGCUUCUUGGUACCUUAACUUCUGUCUUUGACAAAAGAAAGGAUGUACAAGGCAGGACAGGAUUGUAUAAUCACAUCAAUGCUCUCUACUGAUGAGUGCUUUUUGAAUGAGGUUUCAUUAGUAAAGAAGAACUUAAGGGUGUGUUUAUACUAAUGGAUCUAAACACUGAGUGUAUUUAUAACUUUCUUGAAUGUAAAAAAAAAUAAAUAUGCAGGAGGGAUGCUUUUGCAGGCCAGGGCCAAAUCGGGUGAUUUUGCUCACAGUAUCACUGAUCUUGUUGGGAGUCUUUUUGCAUGAUUAGUGAAUUGAAAUUACCCACCUCACAGAAACAUCAGCUUAUGUGGAAGUCAGUUGAUAACUGUUGAAUUUUGUGCAACUUUGGAUUGGAUGUUUAUAGUUUUAUUACUAAUUGUAUUCUGGAAGUAUGUAUCAGUGAAGGAAUGCGCAAAAUGAAACCCUUUUAUUCAU